AUGCCUGCCACCGAAGAUAUUGCCGUUUCAGGGUCAACCGCCGAUGCACUACCUGAAGGAGAUCCGAGUCAGCAGAGUUCGAGAGCGACCUCAACCCCCCAGGACACCGCUUCAACGACUACUGAAGAUGGUGUGCCGGCCACUCAUCAAACGUUUUCGUGGAAAGGAUGGGCAGAGAUAGAAAAUGAUCCAGUUAUCUUCAGCACGUUAUUGCGAGAAUGGGGUGUGCCAAAUGUCCAGGUCAAUGAAGUGGUGCCGCUUGACAGCGUCUUUGAGUAUCCGCCGCAGAGCAUUUAUGGCCUAAUAUUCCUGUCACGAUGGGCAGCCCCGGAAACCGAAAACGACCUUGAUGAGCCGCCGCCAGGUGUCUGGUUCGCAAACCAGACCCUGUCCAACUCGUGUGCUACGGUUGCUCUAAUGAAUAUCGUCAACAACCACGCGACGAUUAAUCUGGGCCAAACGCUCAACAAUUUUCGAGAAAACACAAUGAACAUGACGCCCAAGGAACGAGGCCUUGCCCUAGAUCGCUUCGACCACGUCCGAGACGUUCACAACUCUUUCGCCACGGAAUUCGACAAGAUGAACGUCGAUCUUCGUCUCAAACAGGACAUGGCUACGGCCGAGAAAAAGAAAAAAGCGGCGAUGGCAAAGCGCCCACGGAAGAAACUCAAAGCAGAAGACGAAUCUGAGGAGGACGAGAGCGGUCUCCAUUUCGUCGCGUACGUGCCCGCUGGAGGUGUGGUGUGGAGAAUGGAUGGGCUAGAGCGGCUUCCACGGAAGCUGGGCACGGUGGACGAUGGAGAUAGCUGGAUUGCGACGGUGCUCCCUGAGCUUCAAGCUCAACUCGAGUCCGCCACGACCAACUCGUUGGAGUAUUCGUUAUUGUCUUUGACAGCAUUGAACGAUGCUUGGGGCUUGGAGGCGGACAAAGUGAAAGUGGAUAGAGCGCGGGAGGAUUGGGGCCCGUUCCUGGCGCAAAUGGUUAGAAUUCAUGCUGAAAAGGGCACGUUGAGACAGGCACUGGGUACUUAG